AUAAUAAAAAUAUUUUAAUUUACCAUUGAAAUGUAUUUAAGUUCGCAUAUUAAAUUAUUAAAAUAUGUAAAAAUUAUGGAAUGCAUGUACUUAUGCGUAUUUAAGUUUUAAGCAAACAUCUGCCUGCCUAGUUCGUUGAAGCGAGCUUUUACUGUAUUAUUUUAAAUAAAAAGACUAGAACUAAGCUAAAAGUAGAAACUAUUCAAAUGAACAAUAAAAAUUAAAUUGACCAUAAAACUUUUAUCAAUGCUGUCAGAGAGAUGAAUGCAUAAAUAUAAUGGAUAUAUAUAUAUGCCAGAUCUGUAGGUUGCUGCAGUAAGCCAUGUGGUUGCUGUUGUUAAACAUUUCGCCUUUGCUUGCUCUGCGCUGCCCCAAGUCAAAUCCUGCUCCUUUGCAGUUUCAUCUGGUGCGGCAAUGCCAACGCGCUGCUACGACGGACGCACUUGCUCUUGAGAGCACAGGUACUCUGGAAGAAUGCAUGGCGCUGGCACGUGAGCUGCGUGGCUUGGCCUUAAACUUUGCACCGGGUGGACCUGGGCGACGCAAAAAUUAUUUUGAGACACAGCCUAGAGAUUCGACAAGCAGGAGGCGGCAAAAGGAUGCGCGGAAUCGUUUGAGUGUUUUCGAGCAGCCCGCAGAGUACUUCAACUGUCAUGUUCUGGCGUGUCCGCAAAAUACGAGCUUUGCGGGCAUGACAAACGAUAGUCGCUUCGACUACUACAGCUUAUACGGCAGGCCCACAGCGCUGCACAACAUUAGCUGCAUUGAACAAGUGGGUCUGUUUGUCUUCUAUACCCAGCCCGCAAACUAUUUGAAUGCCUCCACCAGUUGCAGCAAUGCCAGCGAGUUUAGUGGAAGCCUAGCCCAUGUGGCCUCCGAGGCGCGCACCUAUGGACUAUCUCAGUGGCUGGUGAAUUAUAAUAGACAGCGCGUGGGCGAGAAACCAGAGCCAGGCAUCUUUCUGGCCUAUGUGGACUUGCAAUUUAAUAUCAGCAAGUCCCUGCAGCCGCUCGACUAUCGCAAUGCGCAGCAAGAGAGCCUGCUGUGCUUUCUAUAUCGCGCCUGGCAUGUGGGUCAUCCGCGUAUAGGCGGCAGCCAAGCCAAUGCUAGCUGCGUGGCUCUGACACCAAACAGCACUUGGCAAACGUUGUGCUGUGAUCGUGAGCUGCCCUUCAUCUGCGAGAUUUUUACGCCUCCGAAAGACAAUACAACCAGGCAGUUGGACACGGGAGCAAAUGCAGCGGAUGGGUGUUACUGACAAAGCGAGAAAUUGAGUCUAAAAUGAAAGUUAUUUAAUUAUUGAAUUAAAUUUUAGAAAGUAGUAAACGCCUAGAUUCCUUUGUCUGGCCUCAGCCAAAUUUUAUGGUGCUAGUUCUAGCUAUGCUUUAUAUGAGUUUGAAACAAAAAUUAGUUUAAUAUCAAUCAAGUAGAUUUGUGAUUUACAACUAAUUUCGAUUGAGGAUCGAUUUGAAAACUAUAAAUCAUUUUGAUAAAUGAACACUUGGUUUGCAGUUUAACCAGUUUCACAAACCGAGCCUUCCAACGAGACACUGGUUCACAUCGAUGAACACAAUUAAAAACAAUAUAUUAAUUAUGGUUUACCACUGCUCGAAAAUGAAGUUUACGGUUAUUUGAUGCAGCACAGUUAUUCGCAGAAUUUUUUUUAUUAGAAUCAGCCGUGUUCAAAACAUCAAUUGUAUUGUAUUGUGUUGUGGUUGUGUUCGAACUCUCUUCACUUUACUGAAUGGCAACAAUAAAUGAAAAAAGUUUUAAUAACAAA